GGAGACCAGAUAUAGUGAAUGCAGGGUCCGGAGAGACCAGAUAUAGUGAAUGCAGGGUCCGGGGAGACCAGAUAUAGUGAAUGCAGGGUCCGGGGAGACCACAUAUAGUGAAUGCAGGGGUCCGGGGAGAGCAGAUACAGUGAAUGCAGGGUCCGGGGAGAGCAGAUACAGUGAAUGCAGGGUCCGGGGAGAGCAGAUAUAGUGAAUGCGGGGUCUGGGGAGACCAGAUAUAGUGAAUGCGGGGUCCGGGGAGAGCAGAUAUAGUGAAUGCGGGGUCCGGGGAGACCUGAUACAGUGAAU